CUGUACAAACCUCUCCCUAUAUCUGUACAUUAGUAUUAUUUAUUUUGCUGAAACGAUGUGCCAGUAUGAUAUUCCUUUCUUUCAUGACAUUUUAUUCUCCCUUUCGCAUUAUGAAAUGGAACUUUCUGAUGCUGCUUAUUGGCUACGGUUCCUUGCUUUUAGAAAAGGCCAUCUUUCAUCAUCGGGCUUUCCUCUCCAUAAAGGCUAUCAUCGAGCACAACAAAACGUUGCUCUGUUGAUUUUUGCCUUGUGGGCCUCUCAGCCAAAUUUGAUUGGCCACGCCGUGUUCGUAGGCCCACUAGGAAGUAUCAAUGAGCAAGUCCAUAAAAGGGGUUCCUGUCUAGCAAAACAGCAGAUGCAGUGACCCCCCCCUUGACUGCUCAUGCGGAGCUCAGGCCGAGUCAUGUGUUCGUCCCGCUCCGAUCACAGCAUUAAGACGCUGCGUUAAGCCCACUUCAACCCCCCCACCCGCCACCCAUUUCUUUUUCCACAUGGCAGGCUGAGCGGCACCAUGGCCGAGUGGGACUAUGACUAUCUCAUCAAGCUGCUGGCACUCGGCGACUCCGCGGUGGGCAAGACAACCUUCCUGUACAGGUACACCGACAAUAAGUUCAACCGCAAGUUCACCACCACGGUGGGCAUCGACUUCCGGGAAAAACGGCUGAUGUACACCGGGACUAAUUCCGAUGGAGCAACAGAGAAGAAUUUCAAAGUCCACCUUCAACUCUGGGACACAGCCGGACAAGAGAGGUUUCGCAGCCUCACGACAGCCUUCUUCCGAGAUGCCAUGGGCUUCUUGCUCAUGUUUGACCUGACCAAUCAUCAAAGCUUCCUCAAUGUCAGGAACUGGAUGAGUCAACUCCAGGCCAACGCGUACUGCGAGAGUCCCGAUGUGGUCCUGGUGGGCACCAAAGCCGAUCUCCGUAGCAAUCGAGACGUGAACGCCAGGCAGGCUCGAGAUAUGGCCGACAGAUAUGGCAUCCCCUAUUUUGAGACCAGCGCCGUGACGGGCAUGGGCGUGGACAAAGCGAUACAGACCCUGCUGGACAUGGUGAUGAAACGGAUGGAGCAGGGUGCACCUUUGGCCGAGCAUAAUGGCAGCGGCAGUGCGGCAGGGGCAAUGCAGGAGGUUGCCCCCUGGAGGAGAUGCGCCUGCUGACAUCAUGGCCGACGUCACAGGACACUUUAUUAGGUACAUGUCGUCCAAUGAGAGAAAGUCCAAGAGCCAGGAAUAAGGUUAAUGGAUGGCGCGGAUGUACGUAAUGAAGUUACAGUUUCUUUUUUACCAUAAAAUUUCAGUUA